CGCUGCCAGCAGCCCAACGAAAAGCGUCGGAAAUCUGUCUGACCGCAGCUUGCUGCCCGAUACAGUACAGGUCCGAGACUUGUAGGUUAUACAAUUUUUGGCAGCCGGCGAGUGUCGGUGGUAUAAAGCCCGUUGACAGCCUGCGAUCGACUAUCAGUGUGACUAGUUUCGUGAGACACGCAGCACACACGAGGCAAUGAAGGUCCUGAUAGUUCUCUUCGCCCUCGCGGCAUGUUCCUCGGCGACAUUCGAUAAACUCUUCAGUGGUAAAGGUGGAGGUGGCGGCGGCGGUGGUGGCCUUUUUGACAUAAGUGGACUCCUGGGUGGACUGCUGGGAGGUGGCGGAGGAUCUCCACCUCCACGACCAGUGUAUGGACCACCUCCUCGACCGGUCUAUGGACCACCUCCGCCAAGGCCAGUGUAUGGUCCGCCGCCACCACCACCAAGGCCAGUGUACGGACCACCGGCUCCAGCUUAUGGACCUCCGCCACCGGGUCCAGCCUACGGACCUCCUCCACGCCCAGUGUACAGUGCACCACCUGCUCCGGUUUAUGGACCACCGCCACCACGCCCACCACCACCAGUGUAUGGCCCACCUCCUCGACCUGCACCACCACCACCGCCUCCAGCUCCAGUUUAUGGACCUCCCGCCUACCAGCCACCAGCACCGAUCUAUUCCCCACCUGCACCAAUUAUUCAGUCAUCGCCACAGUUCAUUGCACCUCAACCCGCUCCCGUUCCGCAAUAUAUCCCACCAAGACCGGCACCUGUUCCACAGUACAUUCCACCCCAGCACGUACCUGCUCCACAGUAUGGACCUCCGCCGUCGGCACCAGCUCCUCAGUAUGGACCUCCUCCGGCAGCUCCGAUUCCCUCCGCUCCGGCCAUAACGGUCGUUGAAGCACCCCGGAUCGAGUACCUACCACCCGAGCAGAUUCAGCAGCUGCCCCUGCAGGACACCAACAUUAACUUUAACGGAGUGAGCUCAAGUGCGGUCGCUUCCGGUAGUGUGACGGGUGAUUCCGGCUACCACUACGGUAUCGGUCACGGCACUGGACACUGACGAUAAGAUCUGAAUCCAUGUUCUCGACAAAUUUCUCUCACAUUCCCUCGUUUUCGGAGAGAAGUACUCAUACUCACACACACACUUAGCUAGGAUUGUGCAAUACCAAAAACACGAUUUUACUUUAAGGAACUGAUACCCUUCCCCAGCCUCCUCUCUCUCUCUCAAUCCUAUUUCCUAUUUCAUCUUUCACUUGCACAAAUGAGUUGAUGAUUUCAAUUUUCUUAACAAAGGACGGUGCCGAAUCACUUGCUAGUCACACUAUCCAGAUAUCAACCUGCAUAACCUGUCCUGUACCAUUUUCAAUUACAAUUCCGAACCAGUGACUAUUUUCCAGAGAAAUCUUAGUUCAAAACAACACAUUUUUAGCAUAAGAAGGAACGUAACGAAAACUGCCAGAUCCGACGACAGGGCGUUCAAUACCCUGAAGAGUAUUGCUCAACUGAAGCGUGGCUACUGCCAAAACAAACAAAAAAAAAAAACAAACGAAAUAAGCGGUAAACUUUUUCGCUCAAAUUAAAAACCUGUUAUUAGUUAAUUUAUGAACUUGUAAAUUAAUGUAAGCACAUUUGUUAUAUAACAGGUCGCAAGAGCAUAUCGGUAGGCUUUUUUUUUAAUAAGUCGAACAUAGUGUAGAAGACUCUUCUUAUUUUGUCUACUCUUACACAACCUCUGAAUGCCAUAUUUAAGGAAAUUUUUUAAGUGAAGCAAGAGAACAGAAGUAAUUUUUAAAUAAAAAAAAAACACAAAUAUAAAAA